CGCGUGUGUCGUUCGCUGCUGUCAGUUGUCAAAGUGGGCCCACUGUGUGUUUUGUAAUGCCCUUUUCGCAGCAAGACACUCGUCUGACACGCACGUACUUUCUUUUCUAUUCUGUCUGAAAUCCGUGAAUUUCGACAGAAUGUCUCGAAACCGAGCCGCUGAGGAGACGGACAAGCAGACGCGUAUUGCCAUCGUCAGUUCCGACAAGUGCAAGCCCAAGCGAUGUCGGCAGGAGUGCAAAAAGUCCUGCCCGGUAGUCCGGAUGGGCAAACUUUGCAUCGAGGUCGCAAUGGACUCGAAGAUUGCGUCUCUUUCGGAGGAGCUGUGCAUCGGGUGUGGUAUUUGUGUGAAGAAAUGUCCCUUCGAGGCCAUUACAAUCAUCAACAUUCCGAGUAAUCUGGACAAGCAUACCACGCAUCGUUAUUCGAAGAACUCGUUUAAGCUACAUCGGUUGCCGAUUCCCCGUCCGGGUGAAGUGCUUGGGCUUGUAGGACAGAACGGUAUUGGCAAGUCUACUGCUUUGAAAAUUCUGGCUGGUAAGUUGAAGCCCAAUUUGGGCCGUUACUCUGAUCCACCAGACUGGACCGAGAUUCUGGCUCACUUCCGAGGAAACGAACUGCAGAACUACUUUACGAAAAUUUUGGAAGAUAGCUUAAGAGCUUUGAUAAAGCCGCAGUACGUGGAUCAAAUUCCCAAAGCCGUUAAAGGCACGGUUGCUGCUUUGCUGGAUAAAAGAGAUGAACGCAAAAACCAGAAAGAGAUUUGCGAUUUGUUGGAUUUAAGCCACAUUCGUGACCGUGAGAUACAGGCUUUGUCGGGAGGAGAGUUGCAGCGUUUUGCCUGUGCUAUGGUGUGCAUCCAGGAUGGGGACAUUUUUAUGUUCGAUGAACCGUCGUCCUAUCUAGACGUAAAACAACGCUUGAACUGCGCUAUGACAAUUCGUUCGCUGAUCCAUCCGGAUAAAUUCAUCAUCGUGGUAGAGCACGAUUUGUCCGUACUGGAUUAUCUGUCUGAUUUCAUUUGCUGUCUCUAUGGAGUUCCUGGAUGCUACGGAGUGGUUACUAUGCCUUUCUCUGUUCGAGAAGGUAUUAACAUUUUCCUCGAUGGUUACGUUCACACCGAGAACAUGCGUUUCCGCACGGAAUCGUUGACAUUCAAAGUGUCCGAGUCGGCUUCCGAGGAGGAAAUCAAACGUACUUGUCAUUACGUGUAUCCGCAGAUGAAGAAAAAACUAGGCAGCUUCACACUCUCGGUUCAGGACGGACAAUUUAGUGAUUCGGAGAUCAUCGUUCUGCUGGGAGAAAAUGGAACAGGAAAAACAACCUUCAUUCGUAUGCUUGCCGGAAACCUGGAGCCAGAUGAGGAGUCAGAAAAGCUGCCCUGUCUUAACAUUUCUUACAAGCCACAGAAAAUUUCCCCCAAGAGUCAAUCCACGGUGCGUAAUCUUCUACACGAGAAGAUCCGUGAUGCUUAUAUUCACCCGCAGUUCAUUGCGGACGUUAUGAAACCGAUGAAAAUUGACGAAAUCAUGGAUCAGGAGGUGCAAAACUUAUCCGGUGGUGAAUUGCAACGUGUAGCUCUGGUUCUGUGCUUAGGAAAACCAGCCGAUGUGUAUUUGAUUGAUGAACCGUCAGCCUAUCUGGACUCCGAGCAGCGUUUGAUUGCUGCGAAGGUUAUUAAGAGAUACAUUCUGCAUGCCAAGAAAACUGGCUUCGUGGUAGAGCACGAUUUUAUCAUGGCAACUUACCUGGCCGAUCGGGUGAUUGUGUUCGAGGGAAAACCUUCGGUUGACACCACCGCCCACACACCCCAGUCGCUGUUGAACGGAAUGAACCGCUUCCUGGAACUGCUCGAGAUCACAUUCCGGAGAGAUCCGAACAACUUCAGGCCUAGAAUCAACAAGCUGAAUUCGGUUAAGGAUGUUGACCAAAAGCGAGCUGGACAGUACUUCUUCUACGAAGAGCCCUAAGCAGAUCGGAACCAUUUAGUCUGAUUUAUUUUCUAAUAUACACUUCAAGAAACAAAAUGUAUUCGUUUAUACCAACAAAAAACCGCUUGAAUACAUGAUAACUAACGUACGGUAAAGUUAUUCAAACUGGAACUUAGGAGGAAAUCGUCUGGUACUUUAGCGACGGCGGAUUUUUUUUUUUACUUCAUUUUAUGAUAUUUUGGCUGCAAUCUGUGGAAGCAUAGGACAUCAAUUCGCAAAUUUUAUCUCAUUCGAUAGAACGAAAAUUGUACAAGGUGAACAGUUGUUAGAUUUGCGAGUAUUUUUUUUUAUUAUUUUCACGUCAAAUAUACUUUGUGAUUAUUUAAA